GCUGCAGGAGCCCCCAUUGCCUGACAGGAGCUUUACAAAGGAAGGUCAGUCAUCAGGUACCCAUUACGAGGGCAAAGGAAGCUGAGACUCAUGCAAAGCCUCUGGCAAAGGUGGAAACAAAACCUCGGGCUGUGAUCCUGCAUUAACUGCCGUCUGGAUCUGUCUGCCUGGAGCUCCUUGCAGAUGAGUAGUCUGGGACUGGACCAGUGAAGACAUACUCUCUCUGUGCCUGCAGUUACUGCUGGUCCCCAAAAACGCUGCCUCUUGCUGCUGCUGGUGCCAACUCAGACCUCUCCCACCGCAGUAUUUGAUCGCAGCAGGGCUCAACACCCGGCUACUCCCAUUGAUGUCUCAAGGAGGAGGCAAGAGGUAACUUUUACUUGUGGAUUUCAGUGAGAGCCAAGUGCUCCUGCCAGCCUGGCCCCUCAUCUCGGGGUGCUGCGGGUGCCUAUGCUGGCAGAUAAAAGCAGGCCAGGGAGCAAUGCAUGGUGACCCAGCCGAUGGAGCAGGAUGGCCAUGCUGCGCUGUGGAGGAUGUGAUUCCCAGGCUCCCGUGGGCCCUCUUGUUAGCAAGGUAUUUUCAGUGUUUUGCAUGAUUUUUCUCCCUCCACUGAAAAAUGCCUGAAACUACAGGAGAGCUGUCUCAUGGCCCAUUAGCAUUCUGUUUACUGCAUGAAGCUGAGGAUACGUGUUAAAUGUGUCGAGGAGUACCAUGCAGCACUGGUGGAGGUGAUUGAGGGCUCCAAGUAGGCUGGGAUGGCACUGGAAGACUAUGUACAGCAGAGGGAGCAAAACCUGCUCCUGUCUCAUCCCUGCUUCAUUGAGAGUGAUCCAGAGACCAGCCACGGUCAAAUCUUGGAAAGAAAUGGUGCUGUCUCCAGCUGGACCACGGGGGAAGUCCAGGCCAGAGGUGGAGGGCAAGCGUGCGGAUGGACAUGGGCACAGUACUUGAACUUGCUUCUCGCCCCUCUUUUAUUUAGCCAUGGUAACCCUCAGGGUUCAGCUCUAGCCAUGAGUAGAAAAUCUAAUAUUUUCUUGAAACAUGUUUCUGGUCAUUGUAAUUCUGUGCCGCUCUCUUCUUUAUGAUGGAGAACAUGAUCUGCUUUCCAAGGCUACUAACGCUUCUGAGCCCAGCCUGCCUCCUUGCCCUUGAUCAGAGCAGCAGCCAUGGAGCCCUGUCUCAGAGCCACAGAGGAGAAGUGUCGGAGAAAAGCAGAGAACAAAACCAGAGGAGCAGGCUGCUAUAGGAGCCAGCUUCACUUCUUGCCAUUGCGUUGUGCUGCAGCAUGGCUCCAGGUUAGUCACAUCAUCCUUACUCUCCUCGGCUGCAGAAUGGGGGCAGGGGUACCAGCCUCUGCUGCGUGAAACUGCACUGAUAGGUUUUUUUCCCUCUGUUUCUGAGUUAUCCCAUAGCCCUUAGGGUCUGCAUUAACUCCAUGUCCAUCAAAGCUGGCAUGGCAUAGGAACUUAAAACAUAAACCAAACCCACUCCUCACCCCUUUUGCCAGAAGAAAAGAGGAAGGGGUCGACAAAGGAGUCUGCAGAACUCACUGUGUGUGGCCUGGACAUGAAAGUGGCGUCCCUGGCCCUGUGGCUGGUGGGUAGAGCACAAAGGGGGAUGCAGGAGCAGCCAAACCUGCGUGUAACAUAGGCAAAUGCUAAAGCUGUUCGCUUCAAAGCACAGGUUAUUCUGCUUCUUUUAGGGGAAGGGUGAUGAACUUAAUGGACUACUUGGCUGGUCUAGGACGACAAUUCCUGAUUGCCUCUCAGGUUCAGUAUUGCCAAGGACAUUACAGAUUCUCAUCUGCUGAUAAUGGAUCCAAAGAUAGGAAAACUAAUAGGGAUAUUUUCACCAACAAGGACUGUUCUGAUCUUACACGUUUUUAAAUGUUGUUGCCAAAUGAGGCCACAGCAUAUUUGGUAAACAAAAACCAGCCCCAACAGGUCCUGACCUCAGCCCAGAAUGGCUGUGAAAAACCUGGUGUGCAGAGGAAGCUGGCGGUUUGUGGGCACGCAGAGGGAGCAAGGAUUUGCCCUGCUAGGCACAGCCUUCCUUCCCAGCUCACACAGGGGCCUCUGCCUGAGAGUCUCCUUCAAAGAAGACUUAGGGCGUAUGAUUGGAUCCAAGGUGCACAAUCCCUUGCUGCGCUUCCCCAUUUCUGUGCACAGAUGGGGAUGCACUCUGGAGGCAGCCCAACUCUGAGCCUACAACCUUCUUUCCAUUCUCUCCAAAACUGAGCAUCCAUGCAAGGAUGUUACACCUUAGGCCCCUGAGCUAGAGACAAAACCGUGGUGUGGACAUACCUGUCAGGAGCCAGUCAUUGGCAGCGCAGCUGCAACAGUCCCGGGACAAGGCCGUUCUGCUGGAGAGAUCAUGGUCCACUCCCUGCAGGCCUGAGACUGCAAGAGGUGUCACUAAAAUUUUGAAUCCUGAGAGACUUUCCCACUUCAACAGACUACUUCUUCUCUUUGGCCUCUUCACUCGGGAGAGGAUGGCAAACCAGCACUGGAGAAGCAUAUAUUAAUGUCUCAUCUUAAGAUUUUUCAUUUCUCCAUUUGCAUAUUUGGGUCUCCUAUAAACAGAGCCGCAGUCUGAGUGCAACUACAUGGCACGCUCAGCCGUAUCACGGAGUAUCAUGUACCACCAAAGUCGCAGCAUCCCCACCUAUGUCCACAAUGGCUAUGGGGUGGUGAUGGCAGAUACUAAGCCAGGGAAAGGAGAGGUGGCCUUUUAACAGCACUGGGCGGGCACUCAAGGGGGCUCCAUUUCUGCUCCCCAUACACAAAUCUUGGUGGUCUUAGCAUGUAACUCACUUCUCCAGAAAGGCAUAUGGUGUUUGAGUGGUGUCUCAGGGGACUGCUGGUAACAACCUCAGCCUAUACUUAACUGCAGUGGGAGUAGAAGGGGUUACUGUUUUUUGCUGGAAAUGUGAGAGUUUGGGCUUCUCUUUCUUUUCUCUUAGAAAUUAAUACAGAUUUUGGAAGUCAAGAUAUAAGAAGGAAGGCAGAGCACUUAUCAGAUACUGAACUGUGGGUUCACCUGCUGACCACUAUCUGUGAUGAGAAGACCCCCAGAUUCUAUCAGACUCUCAGCCACUGCUCUGGCUGCAAGAGCUCUACAGCAGCCUAGCAAAUAUGACCAAAAUCUGGCAGACAGGACAAGGUGAAAGACCCUCUGGACCCUAAGAUAAAAAUGUCGUGCUAGAAGUUUUCCAUCAUCCCUGUGUCUCUAGAGAGAAUCUUGGAGACUUGAAGGUGACUUUUCUGUGAAAUGGUCUCAAUAUAAUUCCAAAAAUACUUCAUAAUUUGGAGUCUGCUCCUCAACCUCCAGCAGAGAUCAAAGAGAUCCCAGAAAAAAAUUAAGCAACAUCCAUUCCUAGGAGCUGAGCCUUUGGCUAUAAUGAAUCAAUCAACUACCCUUUUAUCAGCCAGAUAUAUAUUGACUUGGGGCAUUUUGGAGCCAAAGGCUAGUGUAAUGCUGCUGGUUUAGGCUUUGUUUCCAUCAAAAUAUUGAGUCCAAGGAAAGAUCUUUGUUUUCAGUGUUUUUUACAUCUUCUUGUUAUUUUCACCUUCAAGCUUGCUUGGCCAGUUGGGUAUGAAAAGCUUGUUUUUGCUUCCUAGUGGCAAGAUCAUCUGUUGAUGGUAUGUAUGAGGUGCUAAUUACUAUCUGUCAUUGGUAUUUAUGAGGUUCAAAUUGCUACAGGAACUAAGUGCCAUGUACAAUAUUGAGAUAAGCAUAAAUGUUAUUGAGUGUGGAUUCUGCUCUUCCCACCCUAGUGCUUGGGCCCUUUGACUUGAACACCUUGUCCUCUCCCUCACACUCCUUUUCAUACUUGCGAGGCAUCUGAAAAAAAGUGAGUUAUGUGCUUUGCUGUGAAGCGACCCUGGCUUGUGAGUGAGUGAGCUUGAGAGUGGCCCAUGGCUCCAUCUCGGAGCAUAUCAUGCUUCUGUCCCUCAUGCCGGCAGGUGACCCAAGGCACUGGCACUGUGACCAGCAGCACUGGGAGCAGAGCCCACAGAGCCUGGGUCUGCUUUGCCUGGAGCCUGCACGCCAGCUGUUGUUGAAUUGCUUUCCAGAGGAUAUUUUCUAAAAUCCAGCAAACUGUGGCAACUGGGAGAGCUGAAAUCAAUUGAGGUGCUGCUUCCCAGCCUGUGCACAGUCACAGAAGGUGUACCAGUCAGAGAGCAUGGAAAGCUUUGAACUAUUUGGACCAGGAGCUGCUGAGAAGCAGAGAGCUUCUGGAGCCUCGCUGGCAUUAAUGUGAAGAAUUUCUUGUGGCUACUGCUACUAAAGAGACACUUGGCUUCUCAGACAAACUAGAUCCUUUGACCAACUUGGCCACAGCUGUGGUCAGAGAUUCAGUCUCAGCCUGAUUCUGAGAAAAACAAAUGCCUGCAACACCAUUUCUACCACUACAGAGAAAUUAAUAUGAUCCCACAAGAAAGUUGAUUUGAGAUGAAAAAAAUGCAGGUCACAGUAGCAGCUAAUUCCCAAGAGGGACAGGCACAAACUUCUUUAAUGUGGAUAUUGAAGGGGACAUAUUUUGUUUCUAUUAUUACUUGAUUAUGGGAGACUAAAGGGAAAUUUUUUCACAACCAAAGAAGUAUUUGAAAAAAGUUUUUAAAACAUGAAAAUUAAAACAAAAAAUUAGGAAGGAUAUUGAAAUGAAGCAUCUGUGUAAAACUUUUUCUUCCUUCUUUUUGAUCAGUUCUGAUUGUUCUAAUUGAUGUCCAAGGAGAAAGCUGGAAAUAAUUUAGAGAUGAAGAAGAAAGGAAUGGCACUGCCAUUUAGAGAUGAAGAAGAAAGGUCAAUGUCCUUCCUGUGCUGGGGACCCCAGAGCUAGAUGUAGCCUUCCGGGUGGGCUCUCACCAGAGCAGAGAAGAUGGGCAGAAUCACCUCCUUUGACAUGCUGGCCACACUGCUUUUGAUGCAGCCCAGCAUACAGUUGGUUUUCUAGGCUGUAAGCACAUAUUGCUAUCUCUUCAUUCUUCUCAUUAAGGAAAAACUGACAAAAAGGGUAAGUCUUAUGGCACAUGCAGAAAACCAGCAGCUGCCAAUGACAAAUCUCCCUUGGACGGAUACAGAUGAUGGUUCUUAGUCCCUUCCUAGAGGGAUGUCCUGCCCCGUUAAACAAGCUGGUGGUGAGUGAACCUGGGGCAAGCACUAAGUAGAAAAUGGCUUAUCAGGGAAGCAGGAUCUCACUUAUAGAGCUCCUGACUGAAAACCUAAUCUUUAACUUUCUUGCAAAAGCCUAGGUGGGAAACAAGCCUAAAUACGCUUUGUUUGCUCAACGACACAAGGUACCUUCUGUACUCUGGUCUCUCAUGUUUCAGGAUGAAAGACAAUUCAGCAGGCAAUUUGUCACCAAAUUAAAGUCACCGCUAUAAAAAUCAUUCUGGAUCCAAAAGAGAGGAAUAAAUUUGAUUGUACUUGUAGAAAUGUAUUUGGGGCAAUGUUAAAGAGCCUGGACCAGCUGCUUCUUGCUUAGCUCUUAUGUAGGCAACACCUGCAUGGAUUGCAGUUGUGGGUGGCUGAGUGAGGGCCGGCUGUGCCAUGAACUGAGAUGGAGAUGGAGGGGCUGGUGCUUGGAGACCACACUAUGUUCCUCUGCCUGGCAUACUCCAGAGUCCCCAGAGACAGGAAUGUCAGGUAUGUGCUGCCUGUUUUCUCCAGCCUGGUUAGGAGAUAAUGGGAGUGACACUGUAGGGAAAAGAUGCAGGCAAUAUGAUUUAAAAAAAAAAAAAGGAAAUAAGGUAAAAACUCCUCCAUGAUUUUGUGGGUCUUUGAGCAUGCUGGGUGGUGGGGCUGGAAGUGGGGGAGCACAGAACACAGACAGACUGUAUUAAUUUGAUAAACUAGAAUGACUAGUGUAUUUUGACACUCCAUCACUGUGACUAGCUUUUGGUGAGACAGGGUCUUUGGCCAAUGCUGUUUCUAAGGAGGAUUUCUCUGUCCUUAUGCUUACCCUGCCUACCAGCCACAUGAGAGCUGUGCUGUUUAACCCUCCUUCCCCUCAUUUGUAUUCCCCAUUCCCACACAACCCAUCGGCAGUGUAGCAUUACUCCCCUCCCCCAAACUUUCCCUCUUUCAGUUGGUGUCACCACAAAGGAAUAGAUUAUUACUGACACUGAUUCCAAUUUAAUCCUCCCAAUAAUCUGAUUUUUCCAAGCCUAUUUAUAUCCUUGAAAUGACAGUAAGGUUUAAAGUGAUACAAAUAUCUGAGCCUAAGCGCUGGUACUAUCCACACCAGUCUGUUCCAGUUUUGACCCUCCAGAAUAAAGUGUAACCCCAGAUAUUAUUUGAUAAAUCCCUUCCCAAAUGUUUGUAGAAUUAGACUGGUCCUUGGUUACUCUUUUUGACUAGCUUUUUCACAUUACAGGUUUACUCUCCAUUACACUGGCAAUAAGCUGAAGUCCCAAAAUAAGUUUUAAAGCUCAUAUAAAUGUAGAAUUUCUUUUCCCUUUGUGGAUUUUAAUAACUUUCUGGUGUCUGGAAAUGAUCAAGAAGUAAAGCUUUCAUAGCAAUGUAAGAAGUAUAAACCCACUCUAGUUUGUUAUUUCAUCCAGCAACUUGAGAACUUUUUUUAUUUUCCUGGGCUUUAAGGUGAUCAGCCAAUGUUUUCUCCCAUCCCUAUUCUCCUUAAGAAGCUUAUUAAUGUUUUACAUUCAAAAUAAAGACAAACCAAUCUGAAAACAAAGCCAUACUUAGGGCUGCACAUUGUAAAUGUGCUUGCUGGACUAUUUCCACUAUUUGUAACCAAUUCAUUUUAAUAUUGCUCCUACUUCUUGCUAGAUCUGCAGAACUUCAGCUCACACAUAGCCCAGGAGUAGUUCAACCAGAAGUCAGCAGGUUUUUGUUCUUUUUUCCCCCCACUCUUAUAAUUCAAUGCACUGACUUGUUUAUAUAACUGGAUCCUUUUGUUUCUCCAAAAGGGACUUGGCUAUUUCACUGAGCGACAACACCCGUGGUAGGUGAUGGUCUGUUUUUUCCAAAGCAAAGACUUCAGUUUUCAGCAGAAUUUACAUUCCAGUAAUAAAUAUUUAAAGGAAUUAUAAUGGAACUGAAGUAAAGAAUGUCUCUCUGAAACACACACACACGUGUAUACACACACACACAGACAAACACACUCACAGUCAAUUAGUCUGGGGUUGCUCUGAUGCAGAUGGUGCCUCUGUUCAACUCCUGAAGUAGUUUGCUUUUCCCAUUAGAAAACUUGGCCACUUCGGAUUUUUAAUACCCCAUAAAAAGCUUAUAAAAUGUUAUUCUUUAUUGUCUAUGUAGCAGAUCAUUCAAACAUCUAUGUCAAAGGCAUUUUCUGCAGCAGGGUCUCUUUCUGCCCCUCAAAUAAAUGUAAGAAAGAAUGCAAUCUGUGCUGAUUUCUUGCUGUCCUUUCUCAGGUAUGAGCUUUAGGAUUUUCAAUCAUCUCUAUUUUAUUUUGCAACAGACUAAAAUAAAUGACACCAGAAUGGCAGUUUUGGAACAUAACAGGACUACACAACUACCUUUUGGCUUCAAAUGUGUAGUCUACUAUAAAGCAAAUAAGACACUGAUGUACUUUUCUAUUUACAAAGCUUGUAUUUGUCCCUGUGGGCAUAACACCAGGUGAUGUCUUACUUAAUGAUGGUGAAGAUUGUAUAUAUGACAUAAACAAAAGAGCUGCUUUUUAAAAAUACUAAAAAAAAAAAAAAAGAAGAAAAUAUUCCAGCUCUUUUGAGGAAGUAGAAUGAAUUGACUACAAAAAACAGAAUGAAAACCAAAAGGUGAAAGCAGGAAGAAUGUGGCAUAAAUAUUGGAGUUACCUACAAAUGUCUCUCUCUGCAAACAAGACAGUAUUUAUUCUGUACAGUUUUAUCCUUAUCUUUUCAUUUGCACUGAAUGGUGCCCACAGUAGUAGCACUACAGCUGGCUGAGUAUAAUGCCCACUGAUUGCUGCCCACCCAGGAGGUAUCAGAGCCUCCUUGUCCCUUCUCAUGCCCUGGACUGCCUCAUUCCAUGAACAGCUUCACCAUGAGGAGGCCUGUUACCCGUGGCGGAGUUAAAGGGCUGUAAGGCAAGAGGUUGUGAGGGGGAGGGUUACAUUUGGGUUUUUUUCAUUCCUGUGUCUGGGGCUAAGCAGCAAAAUAGUACUUCUUCUCCAUUUCCACUCUAUCUCUGUUUUUUCACCUUUGAAAUCUGGUUAUUCUUAGCUCACUAGGUUUGAUUUGCUGACCUGACAUGAACAUAUCCAUCUUUCAUGUUGAUCCUGGCUUAAACUCAGCAGAAACAGAAAUAAGAGUGGAAAAUAACCCGUCUGACAGCUAGAGACAAUGAUACUGAACCAGUUUAGGAGAAAUGGAGGGUGGUCACAGGUAUGUGUAAGGUCUCUGUCAGCUCAAGGUAGUCCACAGCUAGAGAACAAAAGGAUGAGUGUCUGUGGACAUGAGUGCAUGGACAUGCACACACCAGUGGAGAAGCAGGGAUAGAUGCUUUUAUAGUCAUCAGCCCUUAUUGGUGGAUUCAGCUUUCUGCAGGCAUCGGUGCAGGGAGGCAGCCCUGGAAGAAGUUUACCUUCAUCGAGAGACACCUUUGGAAUGGAUCAGCUGGCCAGGAGGGGGAAUGAGAAAGACCUCCUGCAGGAAAGGGGAGAUCCAUGUAGGGUAGAAGAAGCUCCUCCUAGGAGAGGGGCAGGCAGGGAUGGAGGCAGGAGGGCCUCCCACUUCUACAGCACACUCUUCCCAUGCCAGCCCUGCUCCAUCUGCUGGCAAGAACAAUGUGGAGCCUCUGCCGUUUGCCCGCUGGGAUCCAGCCCCUCCUGUCCUCCCCCUCGGCCCAGAUUCCAUCCAUGUCUUCAUUUCAUCUGCCACAAGUGGCAAGGGUGAGAAGAGCAGAGCCUUGCCCAGGCACAGGAGGGACAACAACCCUUACUCUUGGAUCCUAGGACAAGGAACUGCUCUCCCAUGAACUUCCCUCUCCUUUAGCCUCUAACAUCUUGUCAAAGUUACAAAUGAAGUAUUGUCCACACUGGGUAUUCACCAUCUGAUCACUGCUCACCUGUGGUCAGUCAAACCCCAGUGUUAAUACCCUGCAAAUCUGCUGAGGCUGCAUGGCAGACUGGGAUACUGCUGGGGACAGAGUGAGAUGGCAGCAUCAGCUCCUGCCUCAGCAAGUGCCCAGGAAAGCACGGUGCAGCUAUGAAAGGUGUUCAGGGAAAACACCUCUGCUUUGCUGCUCAACAGUUUGCAAGGUUAUUGUUUUGGCUCUGCCUCCAUUUUUCCCUUGCCUACUAGGUGUUUAAGGGAAUGUGCUGAGGAAAGCUCUGGCUUUUUCAAAAUAUGGAAGCAAUAUGGAAAGCUUUUGCUAUGUAUGAGCCUGCAUGGCAUUGCAAACUUGACUCGCUCUUCUCUGCACGAGGAGUUGCAGGCUGGUCGCAGCUCCCCUGUGAAAGGCAGUGGGAUUUUUUAGCUCUGGCACCAUUGGCUUUAAAUGUUUUUUCCUCUUGUCCUACCUUCUGCUAUUGGGAAAUCAUCUGCACCUGGAUUUUGCUUCUCUUUUCCAUGUGGGAAAAGAAGCAUGUUCAUCCUGCUGUGGCUCUUACAUAUGGCAACUCUUUCAGCUCUGAGUUACAGGCAGUCAGGCGAAUGGGGUGGGCUGAGGUUCCUCAGGUCAUCCAGCCCCUGAGGGAGGGAAGGAAGGCAGCCAGCAUCAGACCAGUGUUUACAGAAAGUUUAGUCUCCAGUGGAUUUCCCUACUCCAACAAAACAAUAGGAGGGGCUUGUGCUAUAUUAUCCACGCUUCCUCUUUAUUCUGAUAUUAUCUGUGAAUUCUUGCAAAUAAUAGAUGACUGAGACCAUUUUUGUUCUGGGAAAUAGGAAGAUGAAAACAUUAGACAGACCUUAGCAGUUUCAAUAGACUUAUUCAUGGUGUAUGUAGUUAUGCAAGUCAGGAACUAGCAAAAUACCUGUUGGAAUAAGUAAUAAUCACAAAAGCAGUUCUCUUACAUCUCCUUUUCAGUAAGAGAUAUUGUCUCGGUCAAAACAAAAGAAGAGUUCAAAACAAAACAAAAGUUCAAAACAAAAAAAGAAAGCAAGCAUAACGCCACUCUUAAUGCCACAAGAUCUUGGGAAGCAAUCCAUUCCAGCUCUUCUAUGUGUCUGCUUAAAUACAGGUGUUCUGAUGUUCUGAUAUAAAUUGCAUGCUGGUGAUUAAUAGAUCUUCUAUCACUUGGACUUGAACUGAAGUCAAAGGAACAUACUCUUCCCCCCAUCUUCUUUUUCUUUUCUAAACCUGCAUUAAAAUAGAUUAUUCAGAAAUCUUGGAAUGAAAAGUGCUAGGUCAAAACUCACAUUUUUCUAGCAAGUCUAUGAAAACUUACUUUAAAAAGCCACAUACUGUAGAAUCUCAAUUAUCCUGGAAGGCUUAUCCGGGUUAUGGCUUAAGUAUGCUGUUCAUGUGCUUGUUCUAGAAGUACAAGAUGAGCUGUAGUGCUCUGCAAAGCAGCUAAACCCUUCCCUGGGCCAAAUGGAGUCCAGAAGCCAUUCAAUGGAUUGACUUGGGCGCAGGACUCCUGCAGCUUCCCUUCAGUCUCGUGCAGAGCUGGGCUGUGUCUCAGAGCUAGAAGCCACAGAGCAGUGGUUCCUCUGCAAUUCUGGCAGGACUCCGUGUCUGCCUCUGUGUCACGUCGUCCUCAUCUGGGAAGUCUUCUUGCAUUGUCAUGCAACUGCACAGAGACGGCUGUGGUGUGGUGCUGCAUAGAAGCUUUAUGGGUACCACCUGUCUCCACAUUGAAACCUUCUGCAUCACUCAUGCAUUAUUAUCUCCUAUUAUCUAGGACCUCCUUUCGUUCUCCUCCUCCUCUUCACCCCAAGUAAAGAGGGCCUGUUGGUGUAUCCAUGGGCUUAAUACCUAGUGGUCUUGGAAGAACUUCUCUGGCUCGUUGCACAUUAACAUUGUUGACAUUUUUUAUGCAUAUGCAAUUAAUAAAAAUUGGGAAAAACUUUAAAGCUUUGGCUAUACUCUGGACAGAUUAUGAAUUUUAUGUUCUCUGUGAAGUAUUGUUAAUACUUGCUACCCACAAGGGCUAAUUACUAAGAGCAGAUUUUACUCUGAAAGGAGGGCUUUCUCUCCUUUGCACAGCCUUCCUCUCCAGGUUAGAAAAACAAACAUUCCCAGUUAGGCAAAUAGGGCCAUGCUCCCAAAGGGGUUUUUUGUCAGUCUUGUGGCAUUUAGUGUUCCUAUUGAUCUCCCAAAUUCAGGACAGCAGUGACUGUGUGAGAAACUUCCUAUCUAGUUUUCCAAAGAAAUGCACAGCUUUUGGGAACAGGUGCCUAAAUAAAGGCUCAAACACAAGGUAAAAACAGAACGUGCAGUUUAGGCUCACCUUGCGUAAGUCCCUCAAUUUGGGUGAAGGUAGCUUUUGAACUGAAAGCCUGAAUGGGGCAAACUAAUUCAGAAUAAAGCACUGUUAGUGUGAAAUACAUGUCCAGCACAGGGAAGGGGAAUUCUGCAAGUGGAGGUACUCUGCAGCAACUCCCAAUGUGGAUAAGCCCUUAAUUACUUUUAAAAUCUCACCAUUACUAAGCCGUGCUUAUAAUUUCUAGAGGCCUCGAGUUUCUGGAACAACUGGAGUAUGAGAUUCAAUUGCAUUCACUUCAGUGGAGGAUACAGUUAAGUAUCAGCACGUUUUUCGGCUUGAGGCCAGUCAUUAACUAAUUAGUGUGUGGGAACAUUUAAGUUUUUCCCAUCUGAUUUUGCAAAGUUGUUUGGCAAUACUUGCUUAUGAGCUUUUUUCCCCUCACUUUUUCCCCUCUCCCUUCACAGCAAAGCAAACCGCCACCAGAAGCAAAAAGAGAAUUGGAAGUACAGUAACUUCCCAUUUUUCCCUUACUGUAGUAAAAAAUAUUUGCUGAGUUUUGCUAUUUUUUUUUAAUGCACACAUAUAUAUAUAAAACACACACAUAUAUAUAUAUAGCUUUUAAAAAAAAUAUUUAAAAGGUUUCAGAGUGUUAGUUUCCUUUGCGGCCACGCAAAGCCUCCCUUCCCAGCAAGAGCGUGUCGGUGGGAGCGCGAGCGGGGCAGCACUGGAACUACAACCCCCAGAGGGCGUGUCGGGGGGCAGCCGAGGAGAAGCAGGGCAGACAGGCGCGUGGCCUCCUGGGAGUUGUAGUUCCUCGGCCCUGCCUGGCCCCUGUCCAAGCACCUCUCUGUCCCGUGGGAGGCAGCUCUGACUCCGCGCCCCACCGCUCCCCUCGGGCUGUUGCAGGGCAGCUCCCUGCUGGCAGCCCAACCAGGAACCGCUGGAGGAGGCAUGGGAGACCUGUAAAGGUAAGGAUCUCCUAGUACUUGCCGUGGAGUAGGUGGAGGAGCGGUGGCGUAAAUCCUGUUGUCCCCUCCAGUCCUCCUCGCGCCGUGCUUUUGGCUGUGAGGUGUUGCCAUGUCGUUCCCGUGGCACAUUUGUUGGGCGAAGUCAUCGGGGCUUGGGUUGGCUGGCAGAACUGUCAGCGCGUGGGACCGGCUGUGUGGAGAUGUCAUUCUCCCCUGCAGCCAUGCAGAAGUGUGGCUGUUGGCUCCUUUAGACAAAGGUUAGUGGGAUAAAUUAAUCAUUCAAUCAUAGAAAAAGUGGAGGUGGAAAUCCCACUCCCUGCAGGAAGUGGAAUCUUUCUCUAGUGAAUAACAUCCAGGUUUUUGCUGAAUUUAAACUUGCUUUUUAAGUAUUUUUUUUCUCUUAAGUUGACUUUCUUGGUCUUAGUAGAGAGAAUUAGCCAAAUACAAAUUUGCAUAAGUGGCUGCAAUCGUCUCUGCCUGUGUACAUUUCCUUCUUUCAGUGUAUCUGCUGUUUGCUAAACUGGAGGCAACUGAAAGUCUCAGGCUGUUCAGAUCACUACAGUGAAAAUCCUUGGAAAUGCUACCAUUUCAUCCUGCUGCUUAAUAAAACAGAGCAGUGGUCAACAUAGCACAAGGAGGAGAAAUGGCUUUGUGUGCUUCAUGGGCCAGAUGUCAUUCAUAUAGCAGUGGAAGGCUUUAUCAGCUCUUGCCGAGGCUUUCCCCUGCACUCAGCACUCAAGGCUGGAGCUGUAGUGGAGGAAAAUGGAGCCUGUAGAUCUCCUGGCAUUUGCCUCUGUAGAAAUGAAUAGUACAAGAGUCACCUUGGCUUUGCUGGUGGUCUUCCUGGUCCUGCUGUAUUGGUACUCCACAUCUGCAUUCUCCAAACUAAGCAGAGUCGGGAUCCGACAUCCUCCGCCUCUUCCUUUCAUUGGAAAUCUGCUCUUUUUCAGUGAGGGUUUUUGGGAAAACCACACAAAACUCAUUACGGAAUAUGGACCUGUUUGUGGGUAUUACAUUGGUCGCCAGAUGUUUGUGGUGGUUUCCUCACCAGACAUGAUCAAGCAAAUCUUAGUGACAGACUUCAGUAACUUCACCAACAGAGCUAAGCCGAACUUGAUUUCCAAGCCAAUGCUUGACAGCAUCCUUUGUCUUCGAGAUGACAGAUGGAAGUAUGUGCGGAGCCUCCUGACCCCAGCCUUCAACGACACCAAACUGAAAGAGAUGACACCACUAAUAAACCAGGCCUGUGACAUCCUGCUGUGUAACUUGAAAGUCUACGCAGAUUCUGGCAAAGCUUUUGAUAUCCAGAGGUGUUACAACUGCUUUACGUUGGAUGUCGUUGGCAGCGUAGCUUUUGGUACUGAGGUGGAUUCCAAGAAGAAUCCUGAUGACCCCUUUGUUAAGAAUUGUAGAACAUUCUUUGAAAUGUCUUUGUUUAAGCCUCUCCUCAUUCUAAUCCUUUCUUUCCCAUGCAUAAUGAUCCCACUGCUACGCAUUUUUCCAAACAAGAAACAAACGGAACUGAAUGGAUUUUUUAUCCAAACCAUAAAAAAUGCAAUUGUCUACAGGCACCAGCAAGAUGCAGCUGAGAGGCGCAGUGAUUUUCUCCAGUGGAUGCUUGACUCCUGUGACUCAGCUGGCUCCCUGGCAGCCGGGUGUUCUGAUGUGAUCAGCCCAUCUGCUGCUCCCAGACAGAAUGAGGCACCUCUUCCUGGCAGGACCCCACCUGAAAGGGUUCAGAAGACAUUAACAGAGGAUGAGAUAGCAGGCCAAGCUUUCCUAUUCCUGAUUGCUGGGUAUGAGACCACCACUAGCACGCUGUCCUUUGCCACAUACUUGCUAGCCACCAACCCAGAGUGCCAGGAGAAGGUGCUUCAGGAAGUUGAUGAGUUCUCUGCAAAACACAUGGUCCCUGAUUACCAAAAUGUACAAGAACUCCCUUAUCUGGACAUGGUGAUUGCAGAGACAUUGCGCAUUUACCCACCUGCAUUCAGAUUCACUCGGGAAGCAGCUAAAGACUGUGUGGUGCUGGGGCAGCAUAUUCCAGCUGGAGCUGUCAUUGAAACUGCAGUUGGACACCUCCACCAUAACCCUGAGUUCUGGCCAGAGCCUGAGAAGUUCAUUCCUGAGAGGUUUACAGAGGAGGCCAAGAAGAAACGACAUCCCUUUGCAUAUCUGCCCUUUGGGGCAGGACCUCGUGGCUGCAUUGGCAUGAAAAUGGGUUUGUUAGAGACAAAAAUGACUCUGCUGAGGAUUUUGCAGAAGUUUCAAUUCAAGACCUGCCCAGAGACUGAGAUUCCUUUGCAGCUCAAAUCAAAAGCCACACUUGGACCAAAAAAUGGAGUCUACAUUAUGCUAGAAUCUCGCUAAAAGAAAAUGUACAUCCUGAAGCCUACUGGGAUGAGACCCUUUGUUAGUGACUCACUAACAAAAUAUAAUUAUUUUUCAAAACCCCAAAGACAGCUGGGAGCCCAAGUCCCACUGAUGGUCAGUAGGUGCUUGCUCAGUGCCCUCCUGUGGGAGAGCCUCCAGUCACCUUUUAAAAUGGGCUCCACAGUCUUUUUUGGCAGUUUUCAAAUUACUGUGAAUAGCAUCUGAAAAGUAGCAUCCCACUUUCACUUGCUUUUCACUUCCUUUCACUCAUCUUUGAGAAUGCUUUCCUCCUGCUCAAUUUCAACAAAUGGAGCAGGUGUUAAGCGUACAAGCAAUUUAAAAUAGAUUUUAAUUACAAUUCAUUAUAUGGCACAUCCUUCUCAUGCACUUCAAAGUUUCUACUCUAGAGAAAGCCCAAAAGGCACCACAAUUACAACAGAAAACCUGGGAUGCAGUGCAUUGGAUUUUGUCAUCAACUCUGCUAACAAUCAAAGCUGAGGCUCCUGCACAAUGCUUAAUCUCUUCCUGUGUCUGUAAAAUGGAAAGAGUUGCACCUCCCUCAUGCUUUGAAGUGAUUUUAUAUACACUUAAAUUAACAAUUUGCACUUGGCAUGUUGCAUUGAUAGAGGAAUGAGGAGUUUCCCUGCUUACCAGUUAAGUUCCAGUAGCUAAGACCAAGGAAAUGAGGUGACUGCCAUUUCGCUGGCUACUGAACUGCUGUUGGAAAACUGGAGAAAAAGAAGAUACAAAUUUAAAGCAAGCAGGAAGACUGAAGGAAAUUGAAGGUUAAUCAGAAGGUGUUGUUACAACAUCUGCUUCAUGAUGAGGCUUUUCCUUUCCAAGCGCUGGAGUUGGCACUAUUCUUGUCUAGCUCCUUGACUCAAGGAAAUUAAGAGCAUGUAUGCACUAGAGCCAAUGUUAAAGGAGUGGGAUCCAGGAUCAUCAGUCCCAGCAGCUCUCUUGUCUCCUUAUGUGACCCUGGAGCAGCUCAUGUCCCAAGUGCCUCACUCGCCUCAGGAAGGAACUUGUCUGAUUUCCAGCUGCAGCAGCACCAUGGAUCCAUUCAAGCUGUAUGACUGUGCACAUACACCUUCACAGCCAAAACAGCUGUACACUUCCAGUCGUCAGAUUUUCUCCAUGCUCUUUCCUACUUCUCUACAAAGCCCUUCAACCACCACACAGCUAGUGGAGCAACACACAGCAGGGAUCAAUUGACAAGGAAAAACCCCACACCUUUCCUUCAGUGGGUGCCGCAGACUGGUUGUCUGUACAAUUGUGCUGGUUUUGUCUCAGAUAAUUUUCUUCAUAGCAGCAUGGGGCUCUGUUUUGGAUUUGUCUUUCAUUAUUAGCAGUGCUUGAACAGAGUCAAGGCCUUUUCUUCUUCUCACACCACUCCAUCAGCAAGGAGGCUUGGGGGUGGACAAGCUGGGACAGCUGACCCCCACUGACCACAGGGACAUUCCAUACUGUAUGCUCAGCAUAUAAAUCUGGAGGAAGAAGAGGGAAGGGGAGGACAUUUGGAGGGAUGGUCUUUGUCUUCCCAAAUCACUGUCAUACAUGCCAGAGCCCUGCUGUCCUGGGGAUGGUGGAACACCUGCCUGCCCAUGGGAAGUAGUAAAUGAAUUCCUUGUUUUGUA